UGCCUUCGAAGGCUGCUCUGUGCUCAGUGUUUUCGUGGUGAUGCAAGUCGGCUAGCUCCUCCAGCAGUUGAAUCCCUCCCAUCGCACAGCACCUCACAGGUCUCUUCCCCCAGCAGGGCUUUGCUGGAGCAAGGAGCAGCUCACGAAUCAGCUGCAGGUCCCUGUUUCGAAAAGCAGAGAUACAGAGGCAGAGGAAGAAGGUGGUCUCCCGUGUGACCUGUCCUCGGAGCAAGACAAUCACCUUCUGAAUUCCAGAAGCCCUGUUCAUGUUUGGGGAUAUUUUUUCGCCUGCAUGGAAUCGGAAAGAAGCCAAAGGAUGGGAAAUGCCUGCAUCCCCCUGAAAAGAAUUGCUUAUUUUCUGUGUCUCUUAUCUGCGCUUUUGCUGACUGAGGGGAAGAAACCAGCGAAGCCAAAAUGCCCUGCUGUGUGUACUUGUACCAAAGAUAAUGCUUUAUGUGAGAAUGCCAGAUCUAUUCCGCGCACCGUUCCUCCUGAUGUUAUCUCACUAUCCUUUGUGAGAUCUGGUUUUACGGAAAUCUCUGAAGGGAGUUUUUUAUUCACACCAUCGCUGCAGCUCUUGUUAUUCACAUCGAACUCCUUUGAUGUGAUCAGUGAUGAUGCUUUUAUUGGUCUUCCGCAUCUAGAGUAUUUAUUCAUAGAAAACAACAACAUCAAGAGCAUUUCCAGACAUACCUUCCGGGGACUGAAGUCUUUAAUUCACCUGAGCCUCGCAAACAACAAUCUCCAAACACUCCCGAAAGAUAUUUUCAAAGGCCUGGAUUCCUUAACAAAUGUGGAUCUGAGGGGGAAUUCAUUUAACUGUGACUGUAAACUAAAGUGGCUGGUGGAAUGGCUUGGCUUCACCAACGCAACUGUUGAAGACAUCUACUGUGAAGGACCCCCAGAAUACAAGAAGCGCAAAAUCAACAGUCUCUCCUCCAAGGAUUUUGAUUGUAUCAUUACAGAAUUUGCAAAGUCCCAAGACCUGCCUUAUCAAUCACUAUCCAUAGACACUUUCUCUUAUAUGAACGAUGAGUAUGUAGUCAUCGCUCAACCUUUUACUGGAAAAUGCAUUUUCCUUGAGUGGGACCAUGUAGAAAAAACCUUCCGGAAUUAUGACAACAUUACAGGCACGUCCACCGUGGUGUGCAAGCCCAUAGUCAUCGACACUCAGCUCUAUGUUAUCGUGGCCCAGCUCUUCGGUGGCUCUCAUAUCUAUAAGCGAGACAGUUUUGCAAAUAAAUUCAUAAAAAUCCAAGAUAUUGAAAUUCUCAAAAUCCGAAAACCCAAUGACAUUGAAACAUUCAAGAUUGAAAACAACUGGUACUUUGUGGUUGCUGACAGUUCAAAAGCUGGUUUUACCACCAUUUACAAAUGGAACGGAAAUGGAUUCUACUCCCAUCAGUCCUUACAUGCCUGGUACAGGGACACGGAUGUGGAAUAUCUAGAAAUAGCCAGAACCCCUCAGACACUCAGAACACCUCAUUUAAUCCUGUCCAGUAGUUCCCAGCGUCCUGUCAUUUAUCAAUGGAACAAAGCAAUGCAAUUAUUCACUAACCAAACUGACAUUCCCAACAUGGAGGAUGUGUACGCAGUAAAACACUUCGCAGUGAAGGGGGACGUAUACAUUUGCUUGACAAGAUUUAUCGGUGACUCCAAAGUCAUGAAAUGGGGAGGCUCGUCGUUCCAGGAUAUUCAAAGGAUGCCAUCGCGAGGAUCCAUGGUGUUCCAGCCUCUUCAGAUAAAUAAUUACCAAUAUGCAAUUCUUGGAAGUGAUUACUCCUUUACUCAAGUCUAUAACUGGGAUGCAGAGAAAGCCAAAUUUGUGAAAUUUCAGGAAUUAAACGUUCAGGCACCAAGAUCAUUCACGCAUGUGUCCAUUAAUAAGCGUCAUUUUCUUUUCGCUUCCAGUUUUAAGGGAAAUACACAGAUUUACAAACAUGUCAUAGUUGACUUAAGCGCAUGAGACACCAAAUUCUGUGGCUGCCAUCGGAAGCUUUCUACAGUACGUGACCCGGACGAACUCCAUGCAUGAUGACUUCUUACCGCACUUGCAAAGGAAUGCCUUUCAAACAUUGAGAUUACCAGAACCAAGCUCUGCAGUAUCUCCAUCCUUAACUGUUCAGUCCAGUGGUGUGGGAAGUUACCUUUUAUAAGACAAAAUUGAAUGGUGUAACUGUUCUUUGCAGUGAAGAUGUGUACAUAAGCGUUUAAUGGUAUCUGUUACUCCAAAAAAGAAAUAUUAAUAUGUACUUUUCCAUUUAUUUAUUCAUGUGUUCAGAAACAACUGCCAAAUAAAAUGUUUACAUUUUCUUUCAUAUCCCAAAGGUAAUUAUUUACAGGCGUUGUUUGAUUUCCAUGGAUGGUGUGUCAAGGAAAUAGUUUUCUACAAUAGGGUUAUAUUUGGAGCAAGGAUUUACGGUGUGAAUAAUGAGUGAGGCUGUAACACUGAUAUUGAUUGCUCACAAGUUAUGAGUAGAUUUAUCUGUGGCUGUAUCAGCUGAUUUGGAAUAUGCAAAAGUGUUUCCAAUGGUAAUGGCUGUUAGGGACAUGUAGAGGUGAAAUGGUGACAAAUGAAAAGAAACUGAUCUAUUAGAGAAAGACUAAUUUGAAAGAGCAAAGAUAAGACCCGUCCCUUCUUGUCUGGUAGCUUCGUCUAAGUACAUCAGAUAACUCAUAGGAAAAACUAAAAUGAAGAUUUAGGAUUUUCAAAACUCAUUCAGGGACUUUCUAAAUGUCUAACUCCAGAAUCAUCCGACAGUUGCUAGAUUGUAACCUUAUAGCACUUGCCGCAAACGUACCUGUUACGAGGGCCUCUUAACCCCAUCAAGGAUGCUUCCCUUCGAGGCACUAAUCAUACUGUGCUAUCGACUUGCUAGAGUGCCCCAAAGGCUCGUGUUUGACUUCUAAACCCUACUCCUGGGUCACAGGGUCUUUAGCACCUAGCACAAGGCUUGUAAUAGAGCAGGCUUUCAGAAACAGGGCUCGGAUGAAGCAUGUGCGUUCUCCUGUUACAAUAACAGACUUGGUGAGGUCCUUAGUCCCAAUCAGUCAGUAUUUACUGAGUACCAGUUAAGAAUAGGGUAUUGUUCUCAGGGGUGGAGGGACUGAGGAAGCAGCAUGUGGACCUUGCUCUCUGGGGCCUUAGAUGACCAGCUGUGGGUCCAAACACAUAGAGAACAAUCAAGGAGUUCCAAGUACCAUCUAAACAGUCCAGAUAAGUGCCAUAGGAGUGUGGCUUCCUGAAAGAUGUGAUCUUUGUUUGAACUUAAAGGAAAGAUGUGAUUUCAAAAUGGGAAUGUGGCCAAGUGGAUAUUCUUGGUACAACAGUUUUGCACACUGCCUUCAGGGAGGGGAUCAGAACUGGCUCCUGCUCAUUGCCCCCCAAGUUCUGCAAUGCAGCUGUAAGUGGGGGCAGGCAGGCACGGCCCCUCUGCUCAGCCUGGAUCUGGCAGCCUUCAGGCAUCCAGAAAGGUACACACGAUAUUUACACUGCCUCCGGGAGGCAACUUAGGGAGUUACACACAGGAACCAGAUUCUCGUACCCAUGGAGGCAAGGUGUUACCUGACAUCAGGGUUAGGGGGGAGAAUGGCUGUCACCCACCAGAUCCUGCACAUGGAGCUGCCCUGCCCAGGCUUUGGUCUUUGAAUGUCUUUUACUCUUUUCUUUUUUCUUCUAUAAGCAGCAUUGCAAGCCCUCAGAGAUCACCUGCUCUGGCCAAACUGGGCUUAAGUCCAGCUUCACAAUGUCCUUUGCCCAGUGACAAGUUACUUACCCCCUCCGAGCCUCCGUUUCUUCAUCUGCAGAAAGGAGCAAUACCUACUUGCAAGGACAAUGGAGGUCUGACUGAGGUGGUGCACACGCAGCAGACUGAGUUUUCCAAACACGGCCUGGCACCCGCCAUCCCACCUGCUCUGGAGAGCCCUGCCCCACUGCAUCGAGGACUGGUGCCUAAUUCACCUCUCCCUAAAUUCAGGAGGCUUUGUGACUUGUGUGGAACAGAGCGCAACCAAAUGCGGUAGAAAUGAUGUGGUUGGACUUCUGAGGCGAGGUCAUAAAAACAGUGAAUCUCCUGCCUUUUAAGUUGGGACAGUCAUUGGCUUUUGGAGCCCUGAGGAACUACAUAAAAGUCCUGCUAACUUGAAGUCACCAUUCUGCAAUGACGCUCAGGCCCCGUGGAGAAACCACACGUAGGUGCUUUGGUCAAAGCCCCGCUGAGGCCCAGCCAGCAGCCAUCCUCAACCCUCAUCAUCAGUCCCUGGUCCUACAAGUGAAGACACCUCUGGGUGCUCCCAUCCCCUGGCUGUCAACUCACUACCAGAUAUCGGAUCUUCCCAACUGAGAUGACCCGGAGCAGAGCCAAGCCAUCCCCGUGGUGUCUAAAUCCCCAGCCCAUAGAACCUA